GGAUACUUGGGAUGGCAGUGGUUCCCAAGAGACGCAGAAUUUACGGCGUGAACAGCAAUCAUUGGUUUUUGAUCGUGCGUCCCAUAGGAGCCGAGCUAUGAAUUUUUAAAGGUGAAAAAACGCGGUUUGUGACAUUUCAAAAUAUUGGUUUUCGGGGACUGGCCGGGGCCCCGAGGGCCGGCGGGCAGUGAUUGGUGCACCCGGAGAUGCGCCUCGGUGGUGCGUGUCCGCCCGUGUGCGGUUUUUCAAAAACGGACCAUUUUUCGAAUUACAGCGAAUUUCUUACGGCAAAACUUUUGUAAAAGUCAAAAUUUUCGGAAUUGUCUUUGCACCGUAACCCGAGGUUUAGUCGGAUAUGCCAUCAAACUUCAACCAUUUUGAGAGAAUUUUAUCAAAAUCGUUCGAAGAGUUUCGCUUGAGCGGAGGUGGAAUUUUGCGAACACGGCGGAGGCCAUAUCGACAUACCUCGCGAAUGGGGAACAAAAUCGAGCUAAACUCAUGGUCAAUCUACACGAAAUAUAUCUGGCAAAUUUUUUAGGCCAAGUACCACCCGAUCCAGCGUGUAUAUUUUUGCAAGAUUGAUUUAAAAAAAAUUAAAAAACGUGAUUUUUUUAACUUUCCCCAUAUGAAUAACAUUGGAAAUAAAAAUAUUUGCGAUUAUUUCGAAACGCAGACUCCUAGAAGGAUGCCACCUGUUCCACCCACUGUGGAAGACCAACGCGCGUCUGCAUACCGAAUUUGGGACUUCUGGAGUUCAUAGAAAAAUUAAAAAUAGAUUUUCGUGUUUUCAAGCCGUCCGUUGCGAUUGCGAUGAGUGCGGUGCCGGCGAUGGUUUUAUUUUCCGAAAAUUUCGACCGCUCGUGCUAUCCUCGACCACGAGCCCUCAUCGGAGCGGCGCUUGACAUUUUUCACAAGAAAUAUUUUACCCUCUUUAGUUUAGAUAAUCGAAAUUUUCAAACGUUUUUGGCCGAACUUAAUUUGAGGGAUCAAAGGGAAAUUCCCCAAAUGAGUUAUUGUUAAUACAAAAUGGAAUAGUAAACCUGUCAAUAAUUUAAGUCACCACUCGGCUUUGCUAGCUUGAACUUACAUUUUAUUUUCCCUCACAGAUUUUGACGAAGGAGAAAACUUGAGUAGAGAGAACUGUGCAAACGUAACAACUCUGAACCAAUGUGUCGUUUUCGUUAGAAACAUACGUACUGAACAAAAUUGCUUUCAAUUAAUAGCUAUUUCUCAAAGGAGUGUUCUUGGAUUUGGUAUAAUGAAUAUAUCUUUCCUAAGAUUAUCAACGACAAAGAUAUUUUACUGUCUAGUUACUUGCUAUUUUAGUAAAAUUGAUACAACUGAUUUACGGGUCUUUCCGAGCUAUUGUCUGCGCAAAACAGAAGAGGAAUGCAUCAGAGCUUCCGUCAGAGUGCUGGAUACAGUUGAAAUUGCCAUACAUCCAACAGUUGAUUAUAAAAUCUGGAUGUUUAUAAAUUAUAAAAUCUGGAUAUACAUAACUGAGAAAAUGCGGAGUGAGGCCGUAACUCCCAUUUGUUUAUUCAACCGUGACAACGUGAUGGACUUGCAACUUCAAAGAGAAUCGCCCUACUUUGAAUGGUCACCACUUUGGGUAUCUCCAAUCCGAACAAAUGUGACGGGCCAAAGCAACUGUAGUAGGAUUCUAUGCAGUACUGGAUUGGAAGAUUUGAAAUUUGAUCAAAUUCCCAUCCAGAAUAUUCUGUGUUUCAAAGAAAACGAUAUUUUUGACUAUUAUAAUCUGAUCAAUUUCUACAAGGGCCGCUAUUUCUUGAGAGGUUUAAAAUAUUCACGGGAAGAAGGAGUGUACAUUGAUAUAUUGCCAUACAUUGACGAGAUCGCAAGACACGCAAAAGACAUUUCUGCUCUGCGCCCGAUCCCGCAAACAAAACAGCCAAGAGGAUUCAAUGCACGAGACAACCUCAGUUUCCCAAACUGUGGAAGGAAACGAACGUCAAAAAGACAGAAACGCGGAAAUCACGAUUCUUCUUUACAACCGGGUACACAAAUUUUAGGAGGUAAAAAAGCUCAGAGAGGCGAGCAUCCUUGGCAUGCUUACAUUGAGAAUGAGGAAACUGGAGCAACCUGUGGCGGGACAGUGAUUUCGCCGACAGCAGUUUUGACUGCUGCACAUUGCAUUUAUGGAUCAGAAGCAGAGGACUUCAUAGUUUAUCUUGGGAUGUAUGAUAAAAGACAAGGAACAGCUCCUGGUGUUCAGACAAGAAAGGUCAGCAGUCUGAUCGUGCACCCAAAAUAUGACUCUAAGGAGUUCAACAGUGACGUCGGACUCAUGAUUUUGAACAAAAAAAUUAACAUAACCGACCACGUCCGACCGAUUUGCCUGUGGAACGACGACUCUGACUCUAACUUGAAUCGCGUGGCUGGAACUGAAGCUAUGGCGGUUGGGUUCGGGCUUGUCGACAACCACACGCGCACAGACAUACUGCAAGAGGCUCGACUGCCGAUUAGAGGUCACAAAGAGUGCUACUUGUCAAGCAGGCGGUUUUUUGGGAAAUUUUUGGUGCCGGGGGACAACUUUUGCGCCGGCUACAUGAAUGGAACGACCACCUGCAACGGGGACAGCGGUGGCAGCCUUUCCGUGGAAAAAAACGGCCGUUGGUUCAUCAGGGGCAUUGUCAGCUUUGGAAUAUCGAAAAUGGUGGAGUUUGAGGGCGAAGAAAGAUCGUUGUGUCACCCAAAUCAAUAUUCCUUGUUCGUUGACGUGGCAAGUUACGUGGACUGGAUCGUGGAAAACACCCCGGAAAUUUCUUUCCGAAAUUAAAAGCGAAAAGACGUUUGUCAAAGGGAUUGAUAGUUAUUCAAUAGAAAAAUGUAGAUAGAAAGCAUAUUAUAAUCUCUUAUCAAAAUAUUUUUUCUAUGGGUUGUUCAGAAUAAAUUGUUUUUAAAAUUUUGA